AUUGCAAGCCAGUAGGCCUAUACUGCAUUAAAUUUUCAAAAGAGCAAUUGGGGUAAAGGAAACGUUCUUUAUCUUCAAUAAUAUUUCAAGAGGUCUUUCGAUCAACAAUGGUGCUACCAUGUGAUUUAGGGGCCAGGAAUCACAGGCCAAACAUCCAACUCACCAAUUUGACCCCGGUCAAGCAGAUACAACCCGGAAGCGGAAACUUCAUUCCUCAGAUAACCAACAUCACCAAGGGAUCGCACAUAGGAGGUCACACCGUUGGGGGCGCCCCAUGUUCGAACCGUUUGAAUACUGACAUCCAGCCGCAAGGUCGGCCACCGAGAACCGAAGCGCAGCUUAGCCGCGAGGAACGCCGCAGGAGAAGACGCGCAACGGCGAAAUAUCGAACUGCGCACGCAACGAGAGAACGAAUACGCGUCGAGGCCUUUAAUGUGGCUUUCGGAGAGCUAAGAAAACUGCUACCGACCUUGCCCCCGGAUAAGAAACUCUCAAAGAUAGAAAUCCUGCGACUCGCCAUCUGUUACAUUGCGUAUCUCAACCAUGUACUAGAUGCAUGAAACAAGGACCGAUUUUUGGACGAUAAUACGUUUUGACUAUACGCAUUCGAAGAGUCUACUUCAGUAUAUAGUGUAGAUGUGACAUCACUGUCGAGAAAACAAUA